UAAAAAGAAAGAAAGCCCAAGUUUUUGAGCCCAGAAAGCAGCUCGUUGUUUCUUGUAUUCUCAACCCGCACUCAACAAGUAAAACAGAACCGACGGCGACGGUGAAGAUCACACAAACUCACCGCUCCCAGUUUGACACUGCUCGCGUCCCUUUAAACUCACAACACCAAAUCGUCGUCUUCUGUUUGUGUUUGUAAGAUCAACAAUGCUACAAGACAACCUGAAUGAAUUGAUUGAGAGAAAGGUCACUGUUAUGGAUGAAUUGCAAAGCUUAAGAGAGAAAAUUGAUAAUGAAGGUGCUAAAGCCGUGGUGGACAAGUUGGUAUCGCUUAAGAAGUCAUUGAAGGAGCUGGAGAGGGAAGAAAAUGAAGUUGAGUCUGUAAGUAAUUCUGCAUUGGAUGCUGAAGUUCGUGAAUUGGAGGACCAAAUAGAAAAUGGGUAUGAUAGUCAAUCACUAUCUGAUAAAUUGAAUCGGAUGUUGAGUAAAUCAGAGGAGAAAAUUGAUUUAGCUAAAAAGGAACUUGCAGCUAGAUUAAGGGCAGUGUUGGCAGUACAGCGCAAGAUUGAUGAUGUUCCAUGCCAAUCAGAAUUCGUCCAGUAUGAUCACCGGCUUUUAGAAUUGAAUGCUCAAAUUCAAGGAAAACUUCGACAGACUCGUAAAUACUAUGCCACAUACAAUGCACUUUUGGAGAUAAAAGAAAUGAUGCUAAAGGAAGCAUCUUUGCUGAAUUCAAUAAGUUCGCAGUUUCAAGAUGCAUUCACUAGCACAGAUGGUCGCAUGCAACUCAUCAAUUCGAUGGAGGGAAUUAUGAAGGGCAGUCAACAGAAGCUGAAAAAGGUAGAACAAGGGCUUCAAGAAGAGCAAAAAGUUUGUGAUGCUCUCAAAGCAAGGCAUGUUGCAGCAACUGCAGAGCAAAGACGCUGUUAUUCCCUCUUAAAAGCUUUUCAGGAGGAAUGUGCAAAGAAUGAGCUACUCCAAAAAAGUUCCAUUUAGAACAUCUCUGGAGGAUGUGAAGUGGAGACGUCCAACCCGCUCUUGCCAUUGCUCAUCAGCGGAAUGUUUAACUGAUACGACAGACUAGAAAUUGUUGUAGAUUAAAAUACAAUUCAUAGUGUCAAACAUCUUUCGUGUUGAGCUUCUUGCAUUCUGUUAUCAUUUAUGAAGGAGAUAUGGUUGAUAGUGUUGAUUAGUCUGAUACGACAGACUAGAAAUUGUUGUAGAUUAAAAUACACUACACAUUCAAUCAAUAACUUGAUUGGUGUUGUCCUAUUCUUGAGAUAAUUAGAUAUCGUUGUCAAUUCAAAA